AUGAUAAGCAGUGGUGGUGGCUGCGCUGCCAAUGUCAUGCCGGAGACUAAUGACUGUUCGUCGUAUUUUCAACAACUUCUCGAUGAUACCGCCGACGUCAACGGCACCAAAUGGAGUGGGCUAAUUGAGUUUGGCGUACAUGGACGUCCCAUCAUCAAUUUUGAAUUGCAAAAGAGCCAUUACCAUGUCUUACUGGAUAUCUUGGAUGGCAAUAAUGUAGCCAUUAAUGUGUCGUUUCCGAGUAAAUUCCAAAAAUCAAUUUUGAAAAUUGUCAGCAUUGAAUUGGACUAUCAAGUCAUCUGUGAAGAUAAAAAUGUUCGUAAGGGAGAAUUAUUCAGUUUUGACUUUAAAUUCAAGGCGCCGAGUGAAUUAAUUAAAAGAGUAUCGGAAGAAAUUGAGUACGAUGAAAAAGGAUUGAAAUCGAUAAAGUGUGGUGUUCCCCAUGUUGAUGAGUCGAGUCAAAGAGUUGACAUUGUAAAGCUGGAUGAAGAUCGUCUCGACUCGAAAAUAUGGCCGUGGAUAGCUUCGUUGUACGUGAGAAAUAAAUAUCGAUGCACAGUGACGAUGAUAACGAGAUCAGAGGGAGUCACGGCAGCAAAUUGUCUCUCAGAGCAUAGUUUUGAGAUGAGAAUUGAAACGUACAACAAUAAAAAUUUCCGUGUCAGAAAUGCCGUUAAAAACGACUCUUUAGCCUUGAUAUUCCUUGAAGAUGGAAUAAGUGAUCCAGAUUUUGUUCCCGCUUGUUUGUCUCCAAACGACAAAGCAACAUUUGACUUCGAUCAUGGUUCCGUAAUUGGUUUUGAAAAGAAAUUUCAUGAAGAUUACGUCGUUUUAAAUCGUGUCAACAUGACGUCAAUGUCCAUUAAAGACUGUAUUUCCGUAAAAAAUGGCACUUCAAAAGCAACUUUCAAUGAAAGCCAUUUCUGUGGCAUCAGCAAAAACGGCUUGACAUGGCUUGAAUUAGAUGGGCUCGAUGGUGCCGGAUACUACACAAUUCAAAACGCAAAUCAAUGGUUUCUUGACGGCAUUAUUUACGAAUGUCUCAAGGUGAAUAACACGGAUGACUGUGAUUUUGAUAGUCCAAUUAUAAUUGUGGAUUUGCCGAAUGACUGGGUGCACAAUUUAACGUUGUACCAUCCGUUAGGCUUACAGCGACGAUAUCAAAGGAGAUAUGACGACGACGACAUUCAUGAUGCUGACAGCACAAAAUCGCUAACAAUUUUGCUAAUUCUAACAAUUACGUUGUUGGGCAUUGUUGCGAUGUGGGCAUUGUGGUAUGUUUUGCGACGCCGAAGAAGUAGACCACUAAUUAGUGAAGUGCCAUCGAUACUGAGUACGAAUGAUGGGAUACAGCUACUUAAGCGGGAGAAUAAAAGAUUUAGUUAUUUGAAUUAA